ACAUCGCGUGGCAGUGCGCGCGUACGAAACUGUGUUGAUCUGGAAGAUGACAGCUCGCUCUCGAGAUCGGUUUCCUGCGUGAAAUAACGCGAAAGAGAAUCAUGAUUACGAUAGAGCGACUCGCGGUACGGAAACGAUUUUUAUCGAGGCGAUACACGAGCGAAUAGCUCCGGCGAAAACGUAGGGGUUCAUGCGCCCGGGUCAUUUAGGUUAAGUUGUCUCCAUCAUCGCGGUUUUCUCUCUUCUCUCGCUUUGAAUUUCUCUCUUUUUCUUUUCCCCCCCCGUAAAUGGAAGAAUCCGUACCCGAUUCGCCGGGAUCACAAUCAGAGGAAAGUAUCUAUUUGAAUGAGGCAAACGUCGAGACUGUCUGCAGGAACGACAAUGAGACGGAACGUCACAAUGGAGAUUGCACGCCGCAACAAGAGAAAUACAUCAACAAUUCCAUUUUUAAUACCAUUUCCAAGAUUGUUAAUCCUACCACAAAGGUGCCAGAUAUACAAGAUUUUAAGAUAGUAAAACCGAUAAGUAGAGGAGCGUUUGGUAAAGUAUUUUUAGGAUAUAAAAAAGCCAAUCCCGAACAAAUAUACGCGAUUAAAGUGAUGAAGAAAAAUGAGAUGAUAAAUAAGAAUAUGGCUUCACAAGUGGUAAUUGAGCGGAAUGCAUUAGCUCUGACUCGUAGUCCGUAUUGCGUGCAACUCUUUUAUUCGCUGCAGUCCAUCAGCAGCGUUUAUCUAGUCAUGGAGUAUAUGGUGGGCGGUGAUCUCAAGAGUCUGCUCGGCAUUUACGGCUUCAUGGAGGAGUCCAUGGCGGCAUUUUAUACGGCGGAAGUUUGUCUGGCGCUUGAGUAUCUUCACUCACACGGUAUCGUGCACAGGGAUCUUAAACCUGACAAUAUGCUUCUCUCGCGCGAAGGACAUGUUAAACUCACAGACUUCGGACUUAGUAAGAUAUCAUCCUUGCACAGGGAUCUCGAAAUAUCGGACCUAGUAAAUUCUAUGACUCCCAGCCUAUGCGCCAGGACACCUGGUCAACUGCUCUCGCUAACGUCUCACCUAUCCUUCGGUUCUGGCCAAAAGUCUAUCUGUGAAUCGAAUCUCAGUAACAGAAGCACACCAGCCAUGAACUUACUUUUCGCGCUACAAAAGAAUUGCAAUCCUAAAUCCGGAGAACAUAUGUCGCCGAACUCGGUUAUAUCAUCCGCUGCAUCUGGAGAUUAUUCUCGGAUAUCCGGCGUCACGCCUUUCCAAUCAGCGGAAGAUUUACAUUUUGAGCAAAGUAAUGAGGAACAAAGUAUAGAAGAGGGCGAAGACACCAUUGAAAAGCACGAGAAUGGUAUCGACAGUUCUAACAGCUAUCAUACUUGCGAAGCGUCGUCUAGCACGCAAAUGAGUAACCGUACGGAUCAGAAUGUAGAGGAAGAGGAAGAAGAGAGGGAUGAAUCUACGCUCGAGGCUGAGCAUUCGCAACAGCGCUCUCUCGAACAUACCAGUCCUGUGAGUACUUGCACGAAUUCAUUCAUGAUUCGGGGAUCAAAGAAGAGAAAGCGAGCUGGCGCGGGUACAACGGGCUUAACAUGCGAGAUCGACGCGAUAGAUUUGGAAGGUGAUAAGACACCUAAGAGAAACAACCGAGACUCUGUAUUUCCCUAUGCAAGUCCGACGAACAACAUGAUUUUGGUGUCCACAAAAGCAGCGAACAUUACGAUUAAUUUGGCAGAGAAUGACGGAAGUAGAACACCGAAUCAGGAUACCGAACAGAAUACUGGAUCUACAGGUAGAGUAGCCUUCAGCACUCCGGUGUCUUCUGCUAGACAAAGAGAUCGUAAGGAGAAACAGGAAGAGCAUCAAGAAGAGGACGAUACGAGAACUUUGAUCAAGACGAGAUUUCGUCUACCACCGUCGUCCGUUUCGCAUUCCGCUCACGAUCCGCACGUGGACUCGGACAGUACGUCCGAGGGUCAUCGCUCGCCUCAAGGUAUCUCGCCUAUCAAGACACCCGCGACGUCAGGCAAUUGUUACACGCCGUAUAGAACGCCCAAGUCCGUCAGAAGAGGCGGUCAGGGUGGCGUCAACAGAUCGGACGAUCGUAUUCUCGGCACGCCCGAUUACCUCGCCCCGGAGUUGUUGCUCAAGCAGGGUCACGGACCGGCCGUCGAUUGGUGGGCAUUGGGCGUUUGUCUGUACGAGUUCUGUACGGGUCUUCCACCGUUUAACGACGAAACGCCACAGGCAGUGUUUGCAAAUAUUCUCGCGCGUGACGUGCCAUGGCCCGAGGACGAGGAGGCUUUAUCAUUGGCAGCGACCAAUGCCAUCGAUGCGCUGCUCACUUUGGAUCAAGCUUCUCGUCCCACAGCGAGGGAGGUGCGCAACAUGACUCUUUUCUGUGAAUUUCCCUGGGAUGAGCCGUUGAGAGCGGUGCCCCCGUUUAUCCCGCAGCCGGACGAUAACUACGAUACGUUCUAUUUUCAGACACGAAAUACUAUGCAGCAAUUGAAUGUAAGUAAUUGCGAUACAUAGCCUUCGACAUACCGCAUGCAGACGUGGCAGA